AUGGGUGUUAUUUUCAAAAAUGAAAAUACUACUGGAGAUAUGAUUGAGAUCUUAAAGGAAUUGCAGUCAUACCUUCCGUACACAAUGGUUAAUGGAAUGAAGGUCUUCACCAAUCAACUAUGUGCUGGAGACCAGUUAUCAGUUGAAAGGGCAGUUCAUUCUAUCCAUUCUGUAUCAAAUGGUUAUAUGCCAGAAGACCGAUUGGAGGGCUUCAGAAUGCAGCUGGGUGAUUGGCACACAAGAGUCAAAAUUCUUGAGGUAAGCCAGUAUCCAGUCCUUAGUAUAUUGUGUUGUAUAUGUGUAUAUAGUGACAUUGUUGCUCCUCCAUGCCAGAAGAGAAGUUUUAUUUUAUCCCAGCAAAUGGGGAAAUUCAUCAGAGAUUUAGCUUUACAAUUUGGUGAACAAUUGCUCGAUUGUGAAAAAGAUUAA